GGUUCAAUUCCCCUCAUCGUUAUCGUGGUACGGGUUCCGAUCACAUCAUCACCACCCAUCAUGGCGCCUUCUGCAUCCCACCCUCAAGAGUAAGAUGUUAAACGGAUGUCGCGGCAUUCUCUCGUGUUGACCCCUCUUUUGUUUCGUUCCCCUCCUUUGACGACUCCUUAUCUCCGAUUACUCCAGCCAUGCAAACCUAGCUGUCCAUUAACGGGCAAGCCAGAGGGCAUCAUCCAGGGAUUCGAUGGUCUCAUUGUCUCAUUGGUAAUCACAGAACAUAUUACAUCCCUCAGAAGGCCCUCUUAUCUAGGCGAUGCAACUGAGGACCGAGGUGUCGCUAGUGGCUCGUCUCGAGCUAUCCUCUGGCAUGACAGGCUGCGACUCGCUCCUCGCUUGAUAGCGUCGCUAUUACACCACACUUGACUAACAUAACGUUACCUUAUGGCCCCAUGCUAUCUCCAUCUUUGGGUAGCAUAUCAGACGGCUCG